AUGUGCACCAUGCAGGCAGAUGCUGUAGUCCUGCUCCUCUGUACCUACCUUAUGGGUGUGGCCGGGAUGUCACCUUACCAGAGGGGUCACAAGCUGGAGACCUAUAAGCAAAGCAGAACUCGGAGAGAAACAGAAAUGGUGCAAGGAGGAGUUCAGAAGUCUGGCAGUCCCAUCUUCAGAAGAAGUCCAGAUAUGACAAAAUCACCCAUGACAAAAUCUGAGCAACUAUUAAGGAUAGAUGACCAUGACUUUACAAUGAGGCCAGCGUUUGGAGGACCUCCUAUACCUGUGGGAGUAGAUGUUCAGGUAGAGAGCCUUGACACUAUCUCUGAAGUUGAUAUGGACUUCACCAUGACUCUGUAUCUGAGACAUUACUGGAAAGAUGAGCGUCUUUCUUUCCCAAGCACCAACAACCAGAGCAUGACCUUCGACAGCAGACUGGUGAAGAAGAUCUGGGUGCCAGACAUGUUCUUUGUUCACUCAAAAAGAUCUUUCAUCCAUGACACUACGACAGACAACGUGAUGCUGCGUGUUUAUCCUGACGGAAACGUGCUCUACAGUUUGAGAGUAACAGUCACCGCCAUGUGUAAUAUGGACCUGAGCCGUUUUCCUCUGGACACACAGACCUGUUCACUGGAGAUAGAGAGCUACGCAUAUACUGAUGAUGACCUCAUGCUGUAUUGGAAGAAAGGUAACGAGUCUCUGAACACGGAUGACAGGAUCUCACUCUCUCAGUUUCUCAUUCAGAAGUUUCACACAACUACUAAGCUGGCUUUCUACAGCAGCACAGGUUGGUACAACAGGUUGUACAUCCAUUUCACCCUUCGGCGUCACAUCUUCUUCUUCCUGCUGCAGACCUACUUCCCUGCCACGCUGAUGGUCAUGCUGUCUUGGGUGUCCUUCUGGAUUGAUCGCAGGGCUGUGCCUGCUAGAGUACCUUUAGGUAUCACUACAGUUCUUACAAUGUCCACUAUCAUCACUGGGGUCAACGCCUCUAUGCCACGUGUUUCCUACAUCAAAGCAGUGGAUAUUUACCUGUGGGUCAGUUUUGUGUUCGUCUUCCUCUCAGUAAUAGAAUAUGCUGCAGUCAACUAUCUGACCACUGUGCAGGAACGCAGAGAGAGGAAGCUACGAGAGAGAUUGCCCUGUACGUGUGGUAUAGCGAACCCAGACGAGGACAUGAUGAUGACCACUGGCUACAGUGACAUGGAGCAAAACACCACAGGGAACUAUGGAAUGCCAGAGAACGGAGGGAGGCAGGAGAGGAUGUUGGCCCAGUUUACAAUAGCAGAAAGUCAAUCCACCAGACCAGUGAAAAGCUCAAGAGGCUACGUCAACAUCUGGAUAGACACCCAUGCCAUAGACAAGUACUCAAGGGUGAUCUUUCCAGGAGCGUACACCCUUUUCAACAUCAUCUACUGGUCCAUCUACUCCUAACACAACAAAAAGACAGAGGAAGGCACCUGCCUCAACCAGAACACUUAAAGACAGACAGUCCUAUUGUUCUAUUCAUUGAGGAUACAAUGAAUAUUCACUAUGGACUGAGACAUUGACAAACGGAAUUAAAAAGGUACCGUCCGCCUUCUUUAUGCUUUGUCUUGAACAGUUUGUACUUUUUAAAAAUGUGUUUUGUUUCUUGUAUUUUAUUAACAGUCUUGGAGCCUUUCACUGAAAUAUUUAACUAUUAUGGUGUGACUACAAAGGUUAAGAUUCAAGCUGUUCAGUACAUGUGGUUGCUGUGACAGAAUGAAUUACCAGUUAUAAGUUUCCUAGAAUGGAAAACUCUUUAACUUUUCAUAGUUAAAUAAUGACCAAAAAAUGGCCAAAACAGGGCUGUAAAGCAGGUCAAUCCCAACAUUCUGACUCAUUUUAUCUAUAGCCCCAAAUUUACAGUCCCAUUAGCCUUUAUAUGACAAGUCAAAGCUGUGUUGCAGUACAACACAACUGCCACUACAGGAGAUAUGGUGGUUUUGAUAUUUGAUCUAUAACUAUCAGACUCUGCUAGUUACUGACCAACAGUUUGCUUAGAAAACCAGAACAUGUGACCACAGCCUUUGCUGCAUUCACGUGCAUGUCAGGUCUUACAUUUCUCUGAGGUGAAAGUCAUUCAUUUAUUUUGGUUGCGUUCGUGUGGUUUGCGAGGCAGAUAAGAAAAACUUUUGAAAUAUGUAUUUUUAACACAUAUGUUGUUGGUAGUUUUUACAUAUAUACAAAAAGUACAUUAAUAUUUGAUAUUUUACUUUUGUUUGCAUGCUCGGUCACAAUGGAAAGCUUUUACCUCACAUUUUAGUCAGUUAGUGCAGCCUGACUUGAGGAUCCCAUUUGAGAGGAAGUUUAUGUGGUGCUUCCGGAUGGGAAACUCACUCACCACGUGAAUGCAGCAUCUGCCUGUGCCAGUGUUGACAGAAGGGUAGCAAAAGCUGGGGAAUUAAAUUGAAAUCUGUAUUACUUUUA